AAUUAUAGAAAUGGCUACCACCAUGUCUGCGGUGCUGCUUCUGUUCCUAACCGUCUUUUCCUCGGUGUUCGUUCUGCCGGCUCUAACCAGCGAUGACGCGGGAAAUAAACCCGGCGCGGACAAGUACAAGUUCCUGUAUUUCGCCUCUAUCACCGGUGGAAGCCACUAUUUCAACUUGGUCGCGUCGGGCAGGGUGCUAGCUCGUCAGGGUCACCGCGUGGUGUCCCUGGUCAGCAGCUCCAACCCAACCAGCCACUGGGAGAAAGACUCCAGUCUCUUCUCCUUCGUGGUCUUCAACUCGUCUUGGACCAAGCAGAAUCGGAGCGAUGCCACGGACAGUUUGUCCGCGUCAGUCCUGACCGGGAGCCUGAACCACUUCUGGGGGCAUUUGCUGCUGGAUCCGGUGACGCGUCGGAAGCUGGACGCUGACGGCAUGAUGCAGAUGUGGCGGGAUGAGUGCGCCGACCUGUUCGCGGACUCGGCUUCCAUGAAGCGGCUGCGCGAGGAGAAAUUCGACAUGCUGGUCGGGGAUGAGUUCAUCGCGUGCAGCCCGAUGUUAGCACAGGCUCUGGACAUCCCUUUCGUUCUGAACUCUGUUUUCUUCGCGAUUCCUUCCAGACACGCGAUGUGGAGCGGGCUCCCACUAGCGCCCUCUUACGUGCCGGAGCGUGCCAUGGGGCUGACCGACCGAAUGACGUUCCUCCAGCGCGUCCAGAACGUCCUGGGCCACUUCUACCUCGGCAACAUCUUGUUUCCCCUAGGCAGCUGUAACUUCAAGGUCUUCGAUAAGCUCAAGGUCAAGUACAACAUUAAGCCGGAGAUCAGCACUCUGGAGUCCCACAAGCAGGCCCUGCUGUACUUUAUGCACGGUAGCUUCGGGCUGGAGUUCCCCCGUCCCAUGAACCCCAAUACCAUCUAUGUUCUCUACAAUGGUGGACUGGACCCCAACCAAACGUUGGAUAAGGAAGUCGCCAAGUUCCUCGACUCCGCUCCUGAUGGUGUGUUGCUGUUCUCCCUCGGCUCCAACGUGAGGAUGUUGGGGCCCAAGCAAGCCCAGAUCUUCGCCGACGCCUUCAACAUGCUGCCUCACCGCGUGCUGUGGCAGUCCGGUGCCGACCUGACGGCACUGAAGCUGGGGGAAAACACCAUGGUUGCCAAGUGGCUGCCACUGACUUAUGUCAUGGAACAACCCAAUGUCAGAGCGUACUUGAGCCACGCCGCAUCGUUCAGCAUGAACGAGGCCAUGUGGGCGGGGCUACCGAUGGUGGGCCUGCCCCUCUUCGAGGAGCAGAUGGACGACAUGGUGCGCGUGGAGUCGCGUGGUGCGGGCUUGACGCUGGACAUCACGACCAUCACACCGGAGACUCUGAGCCAUGCCAUCCGCAGAGUCAUGACCGAACCUGGAUUCCGCAAAAACGCACAGCACGUCUCCCAGAUCAUGCGCGAUCUCCAGAACACGCCCAGCCCGGCUGACAACGUGGCCCGCUGGAUCCUUCACGUUACUCGCUUCGGCGGGGAACACCUACGACCGGCCGUCCUGGACCUGAACUUCGUCCAGAGGAACCUCCUCGAUGUCUACCUCUUCCUGGCUGUGGCUCUGGCAUCGGUGAUCUUCGUAAACCUGGCCGUGUGCCGCCUUUGCUGCCGGUGUUUGUGUCGCAGAGGCCGCAGCGGCCAUUUCAAGAAGGAGUGAGCUGAAACUAUUUCACCGAUCGUCCUGAGGUUGAUUUUUUUUUAUCGGGUAUAAAAGCAGUAGUCUGCACCUAAAGUAAAACAGAACUCAAAAUGCAUUCACAGAUGCACAUCACAUGUCUGCUCAGCUGCAUGGUUGUCGCGAAGUUUACAAUUUGGGUGGUAAACGUCAGUUGGGAUUGUUUAAAGAAUCGGUCACAAGUCAAUUUUUUUGAAAGGGAGACAGCAUGCCUUUGAUAUUAUGUACUUCGCUCCUUGUUUGUUUUGGAUGACUCGGGAUUGACUUGUGAAA